GCGUGUGGUUGCUGGACACGGCGCUCCGGUCCAUGGCAGCUAGGACGUUGUUCAGCGCCAACCUCCAGCUGCUCACGAUCGAGCAGGGCUACUUUGACGCGAGCGUCAUGGAGAAUUCGCUGCUGCCCUUGUGGUCGCUGGGCGUCGAGGAGCAGGUUUACAUCUUUUGGCCGCUCUUUGUCUCGGUCGUCAGCCGUCUUUCGUUCCGCAGCGCGUUGGGGUGUCAAUGAUCGAGGUGAUUGCGAGCUUCGCGUGC